CUCAGUACUCACUACUGACCAAGCAUGGAGGUCCCGCAGCACACUUCCAGCUAACUUCAGAGCAGAGAGCUGAUCGGCUGGACCAGUAUGCUGGGAGGGGAUCCUGUGGAGGAGUGACAGGCAGCAGUUCUCAGGCUGGACGCUGUGUGAGACAGUGGGUCCCUUCACCGCCAUGGAGUUUGGGAGGUUUCAUUCAAAGUACCAAAAACCUUUGCUGCUCAUCAUGAUGACGUUCAAACUGGGUAUACUGUGCACAUCAGCAGCAGACAAGUGUCUGUCGGCCCCGUGUCAGAAUGGCGGUACGUGUCUCGACCAAAUGGGCAACUACACGUGUCUCUGUCCCAGAUGGCCAGUCCACUAUAUGGGCAAGGACUGUAGGGAGCUGUAUGACCCCUGUGUCCACAAUGCGCCAUGCGCCAACUGUACCAGCACACUGGGCACAGAGGUCUACACCUGCCACUGCCCCGACAACUUCGCAGGGACCAACUGCACACUCAACAUCAACAUCAAGUGUGAGAGCAACCCAUGUAAGGGUGUCAGGUCCCAUUGUGUGGACAGGGUGGAUAGCUACACCUGCCACUGUCCCCCUGGCUAUGGUGGAGAUCACUGCCAGGAGAGGGACUGCACUGAGGAGCCGUGCCACAACGGUGCCACCUGUGUUGACACAUCGGAUGGGUACCAGUGCCAGUGCGUCCCAGGCUUCCAGGGGAGGGACUGUGAGGAGAACAUGGAUGACUGUAAGUCACUCCCUUGUCAGAACGGAGCCAUCUGUAAAGAUGACGUCAACGGAUACCAGUGCUUUUGUGUGCCUGGUUUCCAAGGCUACCACUGCGACCUGGACAUUAACGAGUGUGUGUCGCGGCCGUGCAAGAACAAUGGGACCUGUGUCAAUGAGGUGGACCGCUAUGAGUGCAAAUGUCUGCUAGGGUUCAAAGGGGUGAACUGUGAAGUGGAGAUCAAUGAGUGUGAGGAGAAGCCCUGCCAGCAUGGAGCCACCUGCCACGACCGUGUGGGCCUGUACACCUGUGAGUGUGUUUCCGGGUACGAGGGCCGUGACUGUGAGCUGGACAUUGAUGAGUGUGCCAGCGGGCCGUGUCUCAACGAGGGCAUCUGUACAGACUUGGUGAACAGCUAUGAGUGUGACUGCAACGGGACAGGCUUCACAGGAGAGCAAUGUGAGGUGGACAUCUCAGAGUGUGCUUCGGACCCCUGCCAGAAUGGAGCCACCUGCCUAGAGGGGAUCAACCAAUACGACUGUGUCUGCUGGACAGGUUAUGAAGGGAAGAACUGUCAGGUGGAUAUUGAUGAGUGUGAGCUGCAGCCCUGUGAGAACGGAGGAGAGUGUUUCCAGCGCUCAGAGCUGCUGCACUACGGGGUGCUGUCUGGACUGGAUGGCAGGGAGUUCAACUAUGAGGAAGCAGCUGGGUUCCUCUGCCACUGUCAGCCUGGGUUUGCUGGUGAGAGCUGUGAAGAGAAUAUAGACGAGUGUUUGUCUGCUCCAUGUCAGAACGGAGGGAGCUGUGAGGACCUGGUCAACUCAUACCAGUGUGACUGUCCACCUGGGUUCACAGGUAUGCACUGCGAGGUAGACAUUGACGAGUGUGAGAGCGAGCCCUGUCAGAACGGCGGGUCCUGCAAGGACGCCGCCAACUCCUACACCUGCAACUGUGUGACAGCGGGUCCAGGGGAGGAGCCAUGGGGUGGCCAUAACUGUGACAUCCGUCUGAGUGGCUGCAGGGAACACCUGUGUGAGAACGGAGCCACGUGUGUGCCCAUCCUAAGCCAAAAAGAGCACAAUGGGGAAGAUGGGGAUGAACAAGAGCAUGACCACACCUGCCUCUGUCACCCUGGCUUCACUGGGAAGCACUGCAGCAUUCCCACCACCUUCUCCUUCAACAGAGAGGGGUAUGUCCUUAUCCAGCUCCCUCCUAUAGCUAACAGGACCAGUAGAGGGAUUGACCCCCACCACCACCACCACUAUGGGAUCCACGUCCAGCUGCGCUUCAGGACCACCCUGGCUGAAAUGCUGCUGUUCUACAGAGGGGCUGAGGACUACAGUGUGUCCCUGGAGAUUGUGGGGGGCCAUAUCCAUGCUAGAGCUGGAUCAGGGAAGGAGCUACAGGCCACCUACCAUCUCCCUGUCAACGACGGAGACUGGCAUGAGGCCAAAGUGACCAUGGAUGAGAAGCUGGUGCUGAUGGUGAAAGGACCAGGCUGUGACAAUGACAGGGGGUGCACAGUGGAGGACAAAGGACACAACCAACUGAUCUUCUUCCAACCUGGAUCAUUCCCCCAGGUCUAUGUGGGUGGGGCCCCUCAGAAGUAUCUGGACAACACAGAGAGUAGGAAGGGUUUCAUUGGCUGCAUGGAGGAUCUACAGGUUGACCACCAGCUGCUACUGCCUCAGGAUAUCUCUCCAGAGCACGUCCAAGACAUGGAGCUGGGCUGCAACAAGACCGACUGGUGUCAUCCUGAUCCUUGCCAUCAUCGUGGGCAUUGUAUUGACCUGUGGACUAGCUUCAGCUGUGAGUGUGAUCGACCCUAUCACGGCUCCCUGUGUGAAGAAGAAUACCCCUCAUGGACAUUCAGUAAUGAAGACACUGUGAGCUAUGCUGCCUUCAACAUCAACCAAACGGACGGGGAGAACUUCAACAUCUCCUUCUUCCUGCGCUCUCUGAAGCCUAGCGGCCUGCUCCUCCAGCUGCGGAGAGGGAGGAGGGCCUACCUCACCCUGUACCUGCGGGAGGGAACCCUGGUCUUCAACAGCCCCCCCACCACCCUGUUCUCUAACGGUACCUACAUCACCAGCGGACAGAGGGAGCUGGUCACUGUGGAGGUACGCCAGGGUCAGGUAGGGUUCAGUCAGGGUGGGACACAGUUAUCCCUGGGGCGGGUGAGGAUGGAGCAGGGGGACGUGGUGUACAUGGGGGGUCUGCCACCGGGGGAGUCCUCUGCCCCCUGGGGAGGUCACUUCAAAGGCUGCUUACAGGACAUCACUCUGGACCACAUGCACCUGAACCUUCACCUCCCAGAGGAGGAGUGCCACACCCACGAAGCGUUCGAGUGCUACAUCCCAAAGAAAUCGGAGAACAUGUUGGAUGGCUGUGUCAGUGAUGAGGCAUGCAAGGCUGGUCCCUGUCAGAACGGAGGAACGUGCACAGUCACCUGGAAUGACUUUGAGUGCACCUGUCCCAUGAACUUCUCUGGCAGGCGAUGUGAUACACGCGUGUGGUGUGUCAGUGACCCCUGUGUCGUGGGCAGCCAGUGUGUGGAUCUAGUUGACGGUUACGAGUGCCUCACUAACGCCACCUUUGAGAGCAACGCUCUGCAGUUCACAGCUAAUGGCUCGCUGGUUGCCACGGUGACCAGUGUCUCCAUGGAUAUACGUACUCGGGAGGAGAACGGCGUGCUGCUGCGGGCCACUAACGGAGCAGAGGUCUUCUGUCUGGGUUUGCUCAACUCCUCCCUGCUGGUCAAACUACUGAGCGGCAACAGCCUGGAGCUACAGGCCUUCACCAGCAACCUGCCCAUCUCAGACGGGGCCUGGCACCACCUCCACCUGGCCAUGACAGACCCCCUGCAGCCUGUGUCCCGCUGGCGCCUCACUGUGGACGGGCGCAGGGCUGGCAGCACCAUGGGCACGGCCGGGCACCUCAACUUCCUCAACAACACCACCGUGUGGCUGGCAGAGAACUACACAGGCUGUCUGGGAGAGGUGAGGGUGGGAGGAGUCUACCUACCUCUGUUGGACAACCAAGAUGCCCCCCAGGCAGCCCGGUUUAUCAGACAGGGGGGGCAGGAGAACAAGAUGGGGUGUGUUGGUACUGAUUUGUGUCAGUACCAGCCCUGCCUCAACCAGGGCACCUGCCAGGACCUCUGGAACCUGUUCAACUGCAGCUGUUCCCCGGGCUGGGAGGGAGAGCUCUGCCAGAGGGACACAGACGAGUGCGCCUCAGGCCCCUGUGCCCACGGCACCUGCACAGACCUGCUGGCAAACUACCAGUGUGAGUGUCACAAAGGAUGGGGGGGCAGGGACUGUGAGGAGGAGGUGGAUGACUGCCUGGAGCAUAGCUGUUUGAACGGGGGCUCCUGCCUAGAUGGGACGGGUACCUACCAGUGUGUCUGCCCCCCUGGAUACACCGGCCGCCGCUGCCAAUGGAGAUUCCCUCCGCAGCAGUGUGAUGAAGAGACGCAGUGUGACAACGGUGGGGUCUGCGUGGAUGGGAUCUGGGGUACCAACUGCACCUGCAAACCUGGCUACACUGGAGACUGGUGUGAGGCAGAGAUAGAUGAGUGUGAGUCCAGACCCUGUCUCAACGGUGCUACCUGCCUGGACCGACUCAGCAGCUUCCAGUGUGUGUGUGUGCCGGGCUUCAGCGGCACACAGUGUGAAAGCAAUAGACAGGAGCAGAGGCAACGUGUGCCCUGGCUGGUGGUGGCCAUCCCUCUGGCCAGCCUGUGUGUGCUGCUGGCUGUGGUGGCCCUGGUGUUCAUGGUGCUGACCGCACGCAAGAAGCGCCAGUCGGAGGGCACCUACAGCCCCAGCGCCCAGGAGGUGGCAGGGGCACGGCUGGAGAUGGGCAGUGUACUCAAAGUGCCCCCCGAGGAGAGGCUCAUAUGAGCCCCACGCACAACAGCAACACACGCUACCUUCACUCGGAGGUGUCCAGCGUGUGAAAGGUCACCAGUGGUGUGGACAUGUGCCCUCACAGUGAUGCCACCGCCACACUGCUGCUGCUGGGUCAUGGGGUUGGGGGUGAUUCAACCCGGAACUAAUCUCUUUAUAGAAAGAGGUGACGUGGUCUGUCUGAGCCGCAGAGAAGGGCAGGAUAGAGGAUGAAAGAGCUCUCGUCUCCCCAAGACUUGAGCAUUGCUGUUGGGUUGAGUCUAAUCAGCUAGUCCCCUCCCUGGAGCGAUGAACCAUACUGGACUCCAGUGUCUCUCUAUACAAUAGCUACCCGUGUACAUUCUGUACCCCACAUUGAUUAUGUGUGAGUUCACUCUAAUGACCAUUUUGAUGGUAAAACAUUGUAUUUUUCUCUGGAUGUGCAGUUAACAAUUAACAGGCAAUGCACUAUACCAAUAAUGUUCUUUCCGACUCCGUGUAAAUACUGUAAUGGUCUUAUUUCUAAAUCUAUGAUGUCAUUGUCUUGUGCAAAUGUAUGAGGUGCUCCUAAAACUCGACCUCAUAGGUAAAGUGGAUUGAGACCACUUAAAUGCUAUCAGCCAUCUCAAACUCUGAUGCCACAGUAUUCAGACAGGAUACAUUUACCCAAACCUACACUCCUGUCAGUCUCUUCAUCUAUCCUCACCAGAGCCACUACUUAACCAGCAGAGUGAUCAAUGGACGUUUUCACUGUCCACCGGAGGUGCUGAAGCUAGAUAUUGUGCUCUAGUUCUUUUCUGUAACUAUGGAUGAUGUACCACAGGCUUAUACUGUAACUAAGCUGAAUGAAAGCAACACCUAAUUAGCUUGAAAUGAAGUUUAUGCAACCCCACACUAAAGGCAAGUCAUUGAAAGAUAGUUAAUUGUCAUGAAUUGACUUCCACAUUACUUUAUGAAUGAGUUUGUAUGUGCCUUCCUUACAGAAUGGAUGGAAUGCUGAGAAACACAACAUUUGACUCUUGUACAUUCUACAUUGGAUAUGGUAUCUAUCUAUAUGUUGAUUUUUGUGUGGCCCUAUCUAAAAUAUAGUUGACUGGAGGGAACUAUGUGUUGUCUCAAAGGAAAACUCACUGUGAUGAUCGUGUUGGCGUCUGUGUGGAGUGCUGUAGAGCAGUAUGACAGACCGACAAAGAGACAGAGCAGGUUUCUGUUUGAGCUCGGUCGGUCCUCCCCCUCCCCUUCCUGCAGGGCUAGGUGAUGCAGUACGAUCCAGGGAGACAUGUACUGACAAUUCACUGAUGUUAGCGCUGCUCCAGUGUUGGAUUAUACAGAGUACAUUCCAGGGUUGGGAUCAACUACAGUCAAUUCACAAAGUGAACAUUGCCCAGUGAAUUGUCAAUUGAAAACGGAAUUGACCCCAACCCUGGUACACUCUGGAUUCGCAUCUACAACAGGGGAUAGAUUGGACUGAUCUGGAUUUGAGUUCUGAUUAGUAUGGUAGGAGCUUACACUGGACGCACCUCGUCUCAGGCAGUACCAACUACAGUGUAACGAACAGCAAGGUAUGCUGGGUAGGCUACACUGGUAUGCAUAGGGAGUAUUCUGUGAUUAUUCUGGAAAAUGUGAUUGGUAGCAACACUGUAACAUGAUGCAAUUGUAAACAGUGUGAUUUAUUCAAAACUCUAAAGUUUCUAUUGGAUGUCAACAGUUAAACUGAUGCAAAAGAGAAUGAUAAUUAAAGCAACACCAUGGAAUGAAUGACUGGACUUACUGUGCAUGGUUUUGUUUGUAACUAGAUCAAAUGCGGUAAGAAUUGUAUCUGACAAAGGAUAGCAAGUCAACACAGUUACCCUAUAAGUGUUUGACUAUCUGUUUGUUCAAUAGAAUUUGCAAUUCGGUGUCUUUCACAAUGCUUCUGAAGGGAUCUCCUCCCACAGUCCCGUAGGAGCGUUCUGUCUGCGUACCACGAGGGAAGGAAGGAGUUUACGUUUG